CCAAUUGUAAUGCAGCGCUUGAACAGAGGGGACUGAAGAGAAAAAACCCCAACACUGCCGGGGUCAAUGACGACAUAUCUCACGCCGUUUUGUUCCGGGUUAAGAUAACUGCUGCUUGUUUUAAAAUAGGGCCAUGUGGUUUUUGUAGCGGAGUGUUUUUUUUCUUUUUUUUAAGUAGGAAUUUUUACAUUUCUCUUUUGGUAUGAGUUCUCAAAAAGGUAAUGUGGCUCGCUCGCGGCCUCAGAAGUACCAAAAUACAACUGCCUUCAAAAAUAAUAAAUACGGCACAAGUAUUCAGUUAAAGAAAGCAAAUGCAAAGGUCCAUGAUGGGGUUUGUCAGCACUGCAAGGAUGUGCUGGAGUGGAAAGUGAAAUAUAAUAAGUACAAGCCCCUCGCCCAGCCGCGGAAAUGCGUCAAGUGCCUUCAGAAGACUGUGAGGGAUGCUUAUCAUAUAAUCUGCAAGCCAUGCGCCCUGAGGUUAGAACUCUGUGCUAAAUGUGGGAAGAAAGAAGACAUUGUGAUUCCCAUCAACUCUGAAACACAGGCAGAUGAAAGUACUGCACAGGACAUUUGUCAGAAAAGAGGCCAUCAAAGAAAAAGAGAGGAAGAGGAGGAUGAAGACUUUGACUUUGACAGUGACCUUGAGGACUCUGACAGCGAUCCUGUAGCUGACCAAGGGGUGAAACCUACUAAACCAGGACAGUCGGCCUGCCAGAGGAGCACUAAUCAGGAAACACCGGAGGCACAGAAGGAGGCCUCUUUCCCUGAUAUUUCUUCUGUAAAAAUAUAGGCUUCUACUCGCCAAUAGUAGCUUGAAUUACCUUGUCUUCUAAAGAAGAUUAUGCUGGAAACUCUAGCAUUCUCUUUCUGAAAGAAAGAAAACUGGACAACCAAAUUAAAAAAAAAUGUAAAAAAAAUCCAUUGUGCAAUUUUGAUUUAAACAAGUUUGGGAUAUGGGAAGUUUCACUUGUAUACAAAUCAUAGAUAGAUAGAUACUACUUAAUUAAUCCCAUAGGGACAUUGAUGUGUUACAGCAGUCCAGCCCAAGACAAGCA